AUGAAUUGGAAAUUAGAUCCAGACCCAUUCAUUAGAGGCCCAUGCGUUUGGAGCUUACCAUGCACCCCAGUCAACCAUGAUGACUUGGGAAAUGGAUUUGGACCAUCAAUCAUGAGAUCGGAUCUGCUCAACAGAUCUGAAGGUAGAUGCUUGAGGAUGCAUGGUAGGGGAAGAGAGAGACCUGCAUGGGAUUUAAAACUAAUACUCAAUCCUAUUAUUGGGUUACAAGUGGUCACCGGAGCCACUUGUCACCACCAGGAACGCCAUGAAAAAUUAAUAAAACAAACACUAACACUCUACUCUCUCAAAGUUCAAUUAUCUCUCUAUAAUCAUCUCUCUCUAUGUGUUCUCUCAAAAAGCCAUGGUGGGUCGGCCGCGCCGAAAAUCGCUCCAGCGACGGAGCCGGUCAGUAAUCAAAACCAAAUGCACCACCAGCUUCGUCCACUCUUCCUCUGUUCAAAUUCCAACCUAGUUUUCACAUACUCUCAAUAA